CUUGACAAUGGCAAUAAUAAAAUGGCAAUCCAGCAAGCGGAUAAACUGCUCAAAAAACACAAGGAUCUUCACUGUGCAAAGGUUCUAAAGGCAAUUGGCUUGCAGAGAACUGGCAAGCAAGAUGAAGCGUAUGCUCUGGCACAAGAAGUAGCAGCACUUGAACCCACGGAUGAUAAUUCCUUGCAAGCACUAACUAUUCUUUACCGGGAAAUGCAUAGACCGGAACUGGUAACUAAACUUUAUGAGGCAGCUGUAAAGAAGGUUCCCAACAGUGAAGAGUAUCACUCUCAUCUCUUCAUGGCCUAUGCCAGGGUUGGAGAAUACAAAAAGAUGCAACAGGCUGGAAUGGCACUUUAUAAGAUUGUACCCAAAAAUCCUUACUAUUUUUGGUCUGUGAUGAGCCUGAUUAUGCAGUCUAUUUCAGCACAGGAUGAAAACCUCUCAAAGACGAUGUUUUUGCCACUAGCUGAGAGAAUGGUGGAGAAAAUGGUGAAAGAGGAUAAGAUUGAAGCUGAGGCUGAAGUCGAACUGUACUACAUGAUUCUGGAACGUUUGGAGAAGUAUAAGGAAGCCUUAGAUGUUGUGAGAGGAAAACUAGGAGAGAAGCUGACAAGUGAGCUCCAAAGCCGCGAGAACAAGUGUAUGGCAAUGUACAAGAAGCUGUGUAGGUGGCCAGAGUGCAAUGCGCUGUCGAGGAGGCUGCUGCUGAAAAACUCAGAUGAUUGGCAGUUUUAUAUAACUUACUUUGAUUCAAUGUUUCAACUCAUUGAUGAAUCCUGGACACCUCCACCAGAAGAAGAGCACUCUUUGGAAGGAGAAGUACACUAUUCUAUAGAGCAAGCUGUGAAAUUUAUAGAAGAGAGGAUAACAGAAGAAUCUAAGAGCUCUCGGCCGCUUCGGGGACCAUAUUUAGCUAAACUGGAGCUGAUCAGACGUUUGCGAUACAGAGGUUGUAAUGAUGAAUAUAAACUAGGUGAUCCAGAAGAACUAAUGUUCCAAUACUUCAAAAAAUUUGGGGACAAACCCUGCUGUUUUACUGAUCUCAAAGUAUUUGUGGAUCUCCUCCCAUCCAGCCAAUACACAAAGUUCAUCAGUCAAUUGCUGGAAGUAAUUCCUCUGUCGGCACCAGCAGAGAGUGAAAUCGCGCUGCCAGCUGAUAUCAAAGCUCUGCAACAACAUCUGUGUGUGGUGCAGCUCUCAAGAUUGCUCGGUAUCUAUCACACCAUGGAUAAGAAGCAAAAGCUGACUGUGGUCCGGGAGUUGAUGUUAAGAUACCACCAUGGAUUGGAGUUUGGGAAAUCUUGUUUGAAAACUGAAUUGCAGUUUUCAGAUUAUUACUGCCUGCUUGCGGUUCACCUGCUGCUCGAUUUGUGGCUAGAAGGUGAAGAGACGGCUGUGUGGCAGUGCCUAACUGUCUUAGAAGAAGGGUUAUCUCAUAGUCCUUCUAAUGCUCAGUUUAAAUUGCUGCUCAUUCGAAUCUACUGCAGGCUUGGUGCAUUCGAACCCGUUGCAGAGCUCUAUUCCAGCCUUGAUGCAAAACACAUACAGCAUGACACCAUCGGCUAUCUUCUGACGCGCUAUGCGGAGUCACUGGGCCAUUACGCUGCUGCAUCCCAAUCCUGCAAUUUUGCACUCAGGUUUUUCCACUCCAACCAGAAAGAUACCUCAGAAUAUAUCAUUCAAGCCUACAAGUACGGUGCGUUUGAGAAGAUCCCGGAAUUCAUUGCUUUUAGAAACAGGCUGAACUCUUCCCUUCACUUUGCGCAAGUUCGCACAGAACGGAUGUUAUUAGACCUCUUACUUGAAGCAAAUAUAUCAACCAGUUUAGAAGAAAGUAUAAAGUCCAUGAGUCUGAGCCCAGAGGACGAUGACAUUCCGUGGAAAGAUUUGCGUGACAACAGAGACCUAACGGUCUUGUUUAGCUGGGAUCCAAAAGACAGGGACAUUUCUGAAGAACAUAGGAAACUCUCACUGGAGGAAGAAACCAUGUGGUUGCGAAUCCGGUCUUUAACUUUAAGGCUAGUAAGCGGACUCCCAACUCUUAGUCACGCUAUUCAACCAAAGAACUCUGAAAAGACUGCAGAGAACGGCGUCUCAUCCAAGAUUGAUACAAUUCGAUCCCUGCUUCAGCAGCUAGAAGCAGCAGUGGAUUCAGGGAAGAAGUUUCUAGAACAAAAAAUUCAGUAUCCUGUCCUUGGCCCUCCUCCUACCCGAAUGGCUGGCUUCUUCAGUAAUGGCAGCUGUCAAUGCCAGACUAGCUUGUUUUAUCUUGUUAGUGAUAUUUAUGAACUAGAUACCAAUGGCUUAGAAGAUUCAGCAGAAAUCCAGGAGAGGAUAGGGAAUAGUUUGAAGUCUUUAGUAGAACGACUGACAGACUUGUUCAAUAAAUGUAAAGGUGACUUAAUUGAAGUCAGAGACGGCACCUUGAAAACUCAUCCAAACCUGUUAGAAAACCUAGUCUUCUUUGUUGAGACGAUCUCCAUUGCCCUGUGGGUAUCAAGUUACUGUGACAGUGUCCUCCGACCUUUUAAAUCCAACCUGCAAAAAAAGAAGAAGAAAAAAAAAGAAAGCAGUGUAGCUAUGCCACCUGUAUUUACACAUUUUAUGGAUUAUGUCACUGAACUACAGACGUUAACUUCUAAUGUAAUAGAUCACAUCAAAGGGCUUGAAAUAAUUCUGACUGCACUAAAACUUGAAGAGGUGUCCCUCAAGGACACCCUGCUCUUACAGGUAAGAACUUGUGGUGUUAUUUGUGUGCUCUAUACAUUUGAGUGUGACCAGUAA